AUGCAGUCCUGGAUCCUCAAGUUCGGUGCCCUCGCCGCCCUGGCGCAGACCAUCUCCGCUGCUCAGCUUCACAUCGAGACCACCCACCCUCCCGCCAACAAGUACAAGUCUCACUGCACCGUUAUCCUCGAGGACGAGCUCUGGGGGAAUUGCAAGGGCUCCUCUAGCCCCUUCCCCGGUGGCUGCGGUGACAACUCGGACACCAAGCCCGCCACCAUCUGUGGCGACAACACCGUCAACGUCAACUGGAAAACCGGCCAGCUCACCAUCAAGAGCGCCGACGGCCAGAAGGAGGCCAAGUGUGUCCUCAGCACCACCUCCCAGUGGGGUGAAUGCAACACCGACAACCCCGACCAGUACCCCCUUGAGAACGGGGCGAGCAGCCUGUUCGAUGCUGGCAAGAGUGUGCUCUACGGGUUAACGCCGAUCGCUGCUGGUUUGCUUCUGUGA